AUGAAUUCAUCUCUUUGUGAGAAUUGUAGCAGUCAUUUACAUACUGAUGAAACUUUGAUACUUUUAGUACGUUUAAUAUUACAAGGUUACAUCAGCUUUUUUAUUGGAAUAUGCGGUAUUGUUGGAAAUAUCAUUACAAUUAUUGUUUUGUGUUCAAAAACAAUGCGUACAACACCGACAAAUAUCUAUUUGACUGCUCUGUCGGCAUCAAAUAUAUUCUAUUUGUUAAUAUUUAUACCACAACAGUCACUUAAAUACAUGUUAGGCUAUAAAAUGUAUUUAAAUGAUAAACCAUUUCCAUACGAGUUGAUUAUUGCUCAAAUACCUAUGACAGCAAUAUCAAAUACAAUAUUAUUGUCAUUAAUUUUUCUAACUGUUGCUGUAUCGAUUGAUCGUCUAAUAUUUAUUAAAUAUCCAUUAAAAGCAGCAAGAAUAUGUACAAGACGAAAUACAUUAAUAGUUAUCUUUUUUAUUUAUGCUUUUUCAAUAAUUUACUGUAUACCAUAUUGGCUUGAACAAUAUUACGAUAGUGAAACACAAAGUUGUCGACUUACACCCAUUGGGAAAAAAAUAUACAAAUAUAUGCACAUUUACAUCUAUAUACCUGUUGUCAAUUUAAUUCCGUUCGUUACUUUAACCGCUAUUAAUUGUAUUAUUAUAAAAUCCUUAAUUGAAAUGAAUCGUAAAAAAUUGAGUCUAGGAGCUAAAAAGACAACAGAAAAUCAUAUAACCACUAUGCUAGUCACUGUUAUUAUUGUUUUCGUUGUAUGUCAAUCACCAACAUUAGUUCUUAACAUUUGGACAGCUAUUAGUUAUUCAACAGCAACUAAUACAAAAAGAUUUCAUAUUUUAAAUGCUAUUGUUUAUUUAUUAACAGUUGUUCAAUCUUCAACAAACUUUUUACUCUACUGUUUUUUUGGUCAAAAAUUUAGAAAUACUCUUAUUGCAAUAUUCUGUUCAUAUAAACAACAAAAGCCACGACAACAAUUACUUUCUGAUAAAAAAAUUCGAAUAAAUGAAUUAAAAUCAGUGCCACUAUUGAAUAAAACAUGUGAAACACAUUCAACUAGUAUUAACUGA